CACUUCAUGAAUUAUAAUUACUGGGUAAAUGUAAAUUCAUAUACUGUAAAAUCAUCAACUACUGCAAAAAAAAAUAUCUGUACCAUGGGAACUUAAUCUGGAUGCUGAUCGGUCUUUUUAUAUUCAGCUGUGGUUGAUGUGAAUACUGCCCCCUUGUGAUAGUAACAGCAGGAAUUGAGAAACUGCAAUGUGUUAUUUGUUGUGAAGUUCUAUCAGCCGAAUCUAUGAAGCCGAACAAACUAAAACGCCAUUUUGAUAGCAAGCAUCCGAGCUUUGCUGGCAAGGAUACCAACUAUUUUAGAAGCAAAGCUGAUGGAUUCAAGAAAGCCAGACUUGACACUGCUGGCAAGUACCACAAACAAAACGUAGCAGCCGUUGAAGCUUCAUAUUUGGUGGCACUCAAAAUCGCCAGAGCUAUGAAACCUCACACCAUUGCUGAGGAUUUGCUGUUGCCAGCGGCCAAAGACAUUGUUCGAGUUAUGAUCGGAGACAAAUUUGUUACGAAAUUGAGUGCAAUUUCCUUAUCUAACGACACUGUCCACAGAAGAAUAGAUGACAUGUCUGCUGAUAUUCUUGAUCAGGUAAUCCAGGAAAUUAAAUCUGCUCCACUUCCAAUAUCCAGCUUGAUGAAUCUACGGACGUUGUAAACUGUUCACAGUUACUGGUUUAUGUGAGGUAUGUUAAUGAUGGUGACUUUAUUUUUAUUUAUUUAUUUUUUUAAAGGUUCUUUU